GCACGCCAGCAGCGACACCAACGCCGAAUGGGCGGACGCCGUCACGCCAGAAAUGGUCCAACAACCAGUGCCCACGGCCGCCCAUAUACCGCCGCACGCUCGCGGGGUGGUGGGCGCCAUCAUAACUGAGCACACGAAGGCUUUCGCCCACGAGGUCCACCACGGCACCCCGGAGUCCAUCACCAAGGCGGCCAAGCGUUGGUUCAUGCUCCCUAAGCUGCUGUUCGGGCACGCCAACCUCCGAGGCGGCAAGAAGGGCAACGCUCAGCUCACCACUACGCUGUUCCGCCGGGCCUCGGAGAUCAGGGAGCAUCGCGAAGCGCAGCUUUGGGGCGCCGUCCUUGACUCCGCCCCACCUCCUUUGCGCGCCAGGCGGAAAACUACCGCAGAGCACGACGUUAUGACGGCGCGCAGACUCGUGGAGGCAGGCGCCGUGGGCAAAGAAGUGCAGGAACUGGCGACGGCCGCCCGCCUCGUCCCGCUCACCAAGAACCCCAUCCGAAUCCGCCCCAUCAACCUCGCCAGCCCGCUCCGCCGUCUCGCGUCCAAGGCGGUCAACAAAAUGGCGGCGGACGAGGUCGCCGAGGGGCUUCGCGGCAAGCAGUUCGGGUACAAGCACACGGCCGGGGCGGAAGUGGUCCACAAGCACUUGUCCACUGCCCUCCACGUACGCCCGGACUACGCUGUGCUCUCUCUGGACGCUGCAGACGCCUUCCAGAACCUGAGCAGGGUGUACAUCCACGAAGGUAUCGAUGCUCGUUGCCCAAAGCUCUGCCGAUGGGCAAGGGGCUUCCUGCCGGACGCCGGGCAGGUGGUCUACCGCGACACCGGGGGCAGAAGACACAUUUGGAACCAAACGACGGGUAUCUUCCAGGGGUGCGGCAUUGCCACCACGCUCUACUGCCUCGGAUUCGACCGAGCCCUCGAGAGGGCCAAACACCAACUCGACGCAGCAGGUAUACAGCACGAGCUUUUCGGCUACAUCGACGACCUCACCAUCCUUGCGAAGCCUGGGGACCUACCCACCAUAUACGCAGCCUACACCAACGCACUGAGCCAAGCCGGCCUCCAAACACGCGUCGACAAAUGUGAGGUGUGGGCGAGGAGUCCUGCCGCGAUGCCAGCGGGCCUACCCGUGCCGCGAGUAGAGCAGCCCACGAUCUUACGACAACGCGCCGACGACUACUCCGGCCUGGCACCGGCGCCGGUAACCGCCGACCAGCACGCCGAGGAGGGCAGCCUGCACCCACCCGCCUCGCCGCGAUUACAACGCCAACGAACCAGGAGAACGACUGCCAUGGCCAGACUCAUGGACCUUCACAAAGCCGGCCUAGACGUUCGGACGUCUUUGGUACUACUACGAGCCCUCACUGCAGGAGACAUGACGUGGCACAUGAGCACCGCCGGGAGUCCCGCCCAAACGGCGACCCAGCUCGACGCCGACCUACUCAGCACACUGGAGGAGCUAGUGCAAACGCGCGACCUCACAGCGGAGCAGAAAGAGACAUGCUGGCACCCUGUCGCUUUGGGCGGCUUGGGAUUCCAGAGCGUGAGCGCAGUGCGCCUGGGUGCUCAGGCGGCCUCAUGGGCACUCUGCGAGAAGCCAGUGCUCCAGCGACUGAGCCUCCGCGACAGAGAUUGCCUUCUCCAUUAUUGCCCGGGCUUGCGACCGGCGCUCCACCGCUUCCAGAGCACUGUCAAUGCGCUGACACAGGAAGAGGCGGCGCAACAGGCGCCCGACACGGAGCCGCCCGACACCACCCAGCGGCGCUUUACCAGGCACAGGCGGCACGCAGAGUGGACGCAGUGGCUACGACGCACCCAGGCGGAACCGCGCCGACGGGCCUGGGCUCUUAGCGCGACAGGCAAGGGGGCAGGCGCGCGGCUCGGACCGCCCACGCGGCCCGACCACCACCUCGCUGACGCCCGCUUCAGGAUGGCCGUGAGACACAGACUCGGAGGUCUUGUGCGCGCAGCUGACGGCCCCUGUCCCUUCAGAAAGGAGGACGGAACCCUUUGCGCCAGCACCGUCGACACUAACGGACGCCACGCGCUUUGCUGCUCCUAUGGCGGCUUCAUGGUUAAGAGUCACAACAACCUGCGAGACGCCAUCGCGCGAGCCCUACGUGAAGCCGGCAUUUGCGACGUCGCAGUCGGACCAUGGAUUCGCCCGCCCACCGGGCCGGGCAAUCCGGGUCUCCGCGCGGACCUCAGGUGCGCCGACAGCGACGGCCAGUGGGCUCAUCUUGACCUAACGAUCGUGCAUCCCGCCUCGCAGCAGAGCCUGCAGGCCGGAGGGGCCCACGCCCGAGGCACCGCUGCGAGACUGGCCGAACAGGCCAAGCGCCGCAAAUGCAACGGAGUCGCUGGUUUCCAGCCCCUCGGCUUCGAAGUUUCGGGCGCCAUGGGCGAGUCCACCCAGAAAUGGCUCGCGCAGCAUGUGCUUGAGGGCCCUGGGCGACAGGAUAUUCUCAGCACUCUCCACCGGUCCAUCGCCACCUGCGUGGUCCGGGAGGUGGCGCGCACGCUCAUCAGCGCUGCCUGA